AGUCAUAACUGAACAUUUGGGUUCUAGGGUUUCUGCGUCACAAAGGAGAUCGAAGAACACGCGAAGCAGCUGCAGCAGCAACCAUGGUGCUCAAGACCGAACUUUGCCGUUUCAGUGGCCAGAAGAUCUACCCUGGCAAAGGCAUCAGAUUCGUCCGUGGUGAUUCACAGGUCUUUCUGUUUGCCAAUUCCAAAUGCAAGAGGUACUUCCACAACAGAUUGAAGCCGUCGAAGCUUACAUGGACAGCCAUGUAUAGGAAGCAACAUAAGAAGGACAUUGCACAAGAAGCCGUGAAGAAGAAGCGUCGUGCCACCAAGAGGCCUUACUCCAGGUCCAUUGUUGGUGCCACUUUGGAAGUUAUCCAGAAAAGGAGGACUGAGAAGCCGGAGGUUCGAGAUGCUGCCAGAGAAGCUGCUCUUCGUGAAAUCAAAGAGAGGAUCAAGAAAACAAAGGAUGAGAAGAAGGCAAAGAAGGCAGAAACUACAGCAAAGUCCCAAAAGUCCCAAGGCAAAGCUAAUGUUUCCAAGGGUGCUCAACCUAAAGGCCCUAAGCUCGGCGGUGGUGGCGGCAAGCGCUGAGGCCCCAGUUUUGGUGUUCCCUUUUUGGCUUAGCUUUUACAAUAGAGUUGUUUCCAAACUUUUGUACCGAUUUCAUUCACAUCAUUGAUCUUUUAUUUUGCUGUUUUAAAACUUGUGUUUUGGAGCUUAGAAUGUGCUGAUUUUCCAAUGGGGGCAAUUUUUUCAAGUUUUCCAAAAA